AUGAAGAGCAGCUUCAGGCAGCUGUACAAGGGAUUAGCUCUUCGCUGGGUGCAUCAUGGAGACAGCUCCCACAGGAAGCGCCACUUGGUGCUCAUGGUGGAGCCAAGCGGCGUCAAGAAAAUGGCCCGUUCCACGAUGCACCGAGCAACCGUCUCGGACCCUGGCUUCAUCCGUGGGAAUUUUUCGCUCAGGAUUGAGCCGCUGCAGAAAGAGGACGCAGGAACCUACGUGGCCGUGGUGAAGUUUGCCAAAGAGGUGUUGCGCUGCCAGGUGGAGCUUGGUGUGGUGUCAGUGACUCCUGAUUCUCCCGGUCCCCUGAUUGAGUCUGAACCUAUCCAGUUAACCUGCAACUCCACACAUCCAGAAACCGCCCAAGAGAUACGCUGGUUCCAUGCAGGUCUUCUCAUCGCCAGCUCUGGUCGGUUCGGUUCCCUGAACCAGACUCUGGUUAUCUCCAGAUCAUUCAGGAGUGAUUCUGGGCCCUGGGUCUGUCAACUCACCUUUGCAGAUGGGGAGAAAAUUUAUGCCACGUACAACCUGAAAGUCAUAGGAUUUGCUGAGCCAGCCAUAUCUGUAGUCUAUGCUGCGGCAGGAUCUGAUGCCCACCUGCCCUGCCUCCUGAAUGACAAUCCCACGGACUACGGCAUUUCUAGGGUGGCAGCACGUUGGAGCUACGCAGCAAGGAGAGAACCAAAGGCAAUAACCACCUUCAGUAAUGGAAGCAACAGAAAUUUUACCCUCCAUCUUCCUGCGGUGGGUCUUGAUGAUGCAGGCCAGUACACCUGUGAGAUCGCCAUUCAAGGAACAAACAUCACAAAGAACAUCACACUGGCAGUGAUGACAGUCACCCCGAGCACUGAGGGGAUCAUCAUGGAGGGAUCUCACCUGCAACUCACCUGCAAUCUCAGCUACCACACAGGAAAGGAGCUUUUUACGUGGAAGUACCUUGGUUUGAAUCCCACAAACAUGUCUUGGCCUGAGGCUGCCUCCACGAGUUUUGGGCUCCUAAGCCAAGGCUCGACCCUGGAGUUUCCUCAGGUGUUGCCCAAUAAUACAGGUACCUGGGAAUGCAGUGUCCAUGGCCCAGAUGGGAUGUCAGGAUCGGUGCAGUACCACCUUGAAAUUGCAGCAACUAAGUGA